AUGUGUAUUUUUGAGAGAUUGUCCUCGGCUCGGGCUGAGGAGUGUCCGCAUGAGUUCGUUGAGGUGUCUACACAGCGGGGGCUACCCUCGACUCACCUCUCUAUCUAUAAAACCCUCCCCGGAGGAGAGCGGAAGCUCCAGGAUGAGAAUGAAUCCGGGAAUCCAGGACAUACUCAUCCUGAUCCACCAUGGAAUUUUCGGAAUCUACAAAAACAUUCUAGGAGAGGGCUCGUAAUGAUCUUCUCAAAGAUCACAAGAUGCUGA